UUCCUUAGUGACGUCGCAUAUACCGGCUGUUUGACUCGGAAACAGCCAUACAGCGUGUAAAGAAGAAAUGACCGACAGUGACCUCAAAUAAGAUGUUGAAGACCUGUCUACUGUCUUCAUCUCUUUACAACACAUCAGCAUUUAUAUAGAACACUGAUAAAACAAUUGUAAAUUUCAAAGCGCCUUCGAAACGUCGAGUCGUUACGCAUCUGUCUGUCUUCCGAGCGUUCAUAUUUGCUGCGUAAAAUAAUGGAAAAUGCUGAAACAUCCGAUCAAAACGGAACGACGCACUACACGAACGGUUUAGUAAACGGAUUUCACACCCUACAGUCCGAUAACGGGGAGUGUAUUUCAUCUAACGGAGGUGGUCUGGGUGCUAGUGACAGUAGCGGUGGCCAUAAUGGUAUUGAAAAUUUCCACCAUCUUCAUCAGGAUGUACACAACAAUGGUUCGCCUGCGAAGCGCUGCAGACUCCGAAGACGCGUGGAUUCGGGAAAGAAGAACAGACCGCCUUUUCCAUGGUUUGGAAUGGAUAUCGGAGGCACCCUGGUAAAGCUGGUUUACUUUGAGCCCAAGGACAUAACGGCUGAAGAAGAACAAGAGGAAGUGGAGAGCCUGAAGAGCAUCCGCCGAUAUCUGACCUCCAAUGUGGCCUACGGAAACACAGGUAUCCGUGAUGUUCACCUUGAGUUGAAGAACCUCACCAUGUGUGGCCGGAAAGGCAACUUGCACUUCAUUCGGUUCCCCACGCAAGACAUGCACCGCUUCAUCCAAAUGGGCAGAGACAAGAACUUCUCCAGUCUGCACACCACACUGUGCGCCACGGGUGGGGGCGCAUACAAGUUUGAAGACGACUUCAGAACGGUGGCUGGUUUGGAGCUGCAGAAGCUGGAUGAACUGGACUGCCUUAUUCAAGGUCUGCUCUACGUUGACUCAGUCGGGUUCAAUGGUCAUCCUGAGUGUUAUUUUUUCCAAAAUCCCUCUGACCCUGAAAACUGUGUCAAGAGGCCAUUUAGCCUGGAGAACCCCUUCCCUAUGUUGCUGGUAAACAUUGGCUCGGGGGUUAGCAUCCUGGCUGUUUACUCCAAGGAUGAUUACAAGCGAGUCACAGGCACCAGUUUAGGAGGUGGUACAUUUCUAGGCCUGUGUUGUUUGCUGACUGGCUGUGAGACAUUUGAGGAGGCCUUAGAGAUGGCGGCUAAAGGGGACAGCACAAAUGUGGACAAACUCGUGAAGGACAUUUAUGGAGGCGAUUAUGAACGCUUCGGUCUCCAGGGUUCUGCCGUUGCAUCCAGUUUUGGUCAUAUGAUGAGCAAGGAGAAACGUGAUAGUAUAAGUAAAGAGGACCUGGCCAGGGCCACUCUAGUCACCAUCACUAACAACAUCGGUUCCAUCGCCCGCAUGUGUGCAGUCAACGAGAAUAUCGAUAGAGUGGUUUUUGUUGGGAAUUUCCUUCGGAUCAAUACAAUAUCAACUAAGCUGCUAGCCUAUGCCAUGGACUUCUGGUCUAACGGACAGUUGAAAGCCCUUUUCUUAGAACAUGAAGGUUAUUUUGGAGCUGUUGGUGCCUUCCUAGAGCUACUGAAGAUGACGGAAGACUCCUGAGACACUGAGGAAACCCCAAACUUCAAACCAGAAGCUGCUGUAAGAUUUCAGGAAAGCCACAUCCCCUAAUAAGGAAAAGCCAUUUAAUAAUGUGACAAGUUUCCAUUUCUCUUCAAAUCAUCUACACGCUGGCCCUUCUAUGCUCGUGACAUGAGCAGGUGAUCAAGAGGUUGUGAUGCAACAGCACACCGUUUUCAGUGUGUGAUGAGUGGCACCUCGCGCUAACUGUUCCUUGUCACCGUUGCCAUAAUCCCAGCACAGCUUUGCCUCUGCCGUGUAUUGAUGAUUUGAGGGAAAAAUGAUUUAGGACACUAAUGCUUGUAUACUCCCUCUACUCCCUGUUUGUGAGCUUUAUGAAACCAAUCGUAACAUAUGGAAGAGGUCUGGAGGUGAGUAAAUUGUGUAUUAGUGGAACAACCUGCUGUAUAAAAAAAAAUCCUUCCCCAGUGCCCUCUGAAAAAAUAAUGCUUUGAACUACAAAUCAGAUUUAUAGUUAUAGAUGAGCAGUCCAUUUAUGCGAGACUUUACUCUCCUGGGUCCAGUCACAUACAAGCAUUUAUAAUAUCUGUGUUAUGUUAAAAAUGCUAAGUUGUAUUAUUAAACUUUAAAGUCAUUUUGGAUGCUAAAACAUAAGUCCAAAUUCAUAAUUCUAACAUUUUUUUAUAAUAAUACAUCAAAUACCAACUGAAUUUCAGUACUUUUCAAUUAGAUAAAUCUUUUAUUUGAACACUUUUACAGAAUUGGCAAAAUGUUGUCAGGUAGAUCUCUUUUAUCUACAUUGGGCAUUGUAUGAUUAGUGGAUUGUUGACAUAAGUAGCUGUAGUGUCUAAUAGAUCUUUACCUCCUUUUAACUGGUCUGUCUAAUGAACAGAGAACAUAUGCACCUGAGCUGACACUGAUCGUGUUGGGACCAAACUGCAUAUAUUGACUGGAAAUCAGUAUCUUCAUCAGAAGGAGAAUUCUCAUAGUUCACUACAUACAGUAUAGUUAGUCCUUUUUUACGGUGAUAAUGACUUUUAUUCAGUUUUGCAGUCCCAAAUGCUGAGAUUUCUCUGGUCUGAAUGUGUUAACAGUUUACCCUGUGAAUAGACACUGUAGUGUGUAAUGUUUUGUUGUUUUGUUUUUAUUUAAUUUAACAUUUGCACAAACCAUCUCGUCACAUUCAUGCCAUUAUGCAGUGAUGUCUUAAAUUUCAUUUGAGACUGCUAACCAAGACGUAUAUGUACUGUCAAACCUCCUCGCAAAUGCCUUCAUCCUUUAAACAUUUUCAGCCUCAACAUCAUCUAUUACUGAAAAGAUUUUGCCUUUUUUCUCAUGUAUCAACAUGAGAAUCUCUAACUAUAUGCCUAAGUACCUUUUAACUCUAUUAAUAUUGGACAACUUGGUCUGACUGUGAACACUCCUGGUUGUUGUUCAGAACCAGAUGUAUUUUAAACGUGUGAUCCUAAAGCUGGAAUCAGAAAUUUCAAAAAGGUUAUUCCUGUCACUAAAAUCUGUCUAAAUAUGAUCAGAAGAUCAGAAACAUAAGCACUUCUAAGAUAAAAUGUAUUGCUUUCUCUCUCUUUGAGCCACAGCAUUAUAGCAAUUACAUUUCUACCAAUUUCAUUUUCUCAUUUUGAUUUGACACUGUAAAUAUGAACUAAAAACUUUCAGUACUUUUUUAACAGCACUGAGAAAAUUAGCAGUUUUCAGGCUUGCAUUUUGUUUUGUUUUUUUGUUUUUUUUUUUGAUCAUCAUAAAUGCAAGCAAAACCAAAACUCAUAAAAGGAAGUAAUAUGAAGAAUAUUAUCAUGAUGCAAUUUCUGUUAGAGGAUUCUGUUAUUUGUGUCAACAGUAAUCACCUAAUGUGAGUGUACUGAACCUAUUACAUGUUCAUCAGCUACUGUAGCUCAACAACAGACCUGUGCUGACAUAAAUGUGUCUUUUAGCUGCUGGUAACAUCUAUAACAGCGCAUUAGCCACACUGCCUCUACAUCUGUUCCUUCUGUCUGUUGAUUCAUGCUUUACUUCCUACGCUCAUCCUUAGAAUUGCCUUAUGCAGUGGGGUGCCAUUUUGUCUUUGGAUGUCUGGAUUAUGCACUAUGGCACCCCAACAUCUCUGAGCCACAAAAGUAACUUCCAAGUGUUACAGGGUGCCUUUUACUGAUAGAGACAAGGCUUUAUCUCUGUAUCCUCUGUAUUGUUGCUAAUGCUAAAUCCAGAUGUCACUGUAUACAUUAAUCCUUAACAGUAUAUUUGAGGUGUUUCUGUUUUUUUGGGGGGGGGUAUUGCUUUACCUAUGCCACAGCAGACUGAAUGCUUGUGUCGAUACAUUGUAUUUUAACAAUGCAAAGCAUGUGAGCGAUUUCUGAACAGGUGUGUCUUUUCUUUAGGCGCUUGGAUGGAUCGCUCUAUCUAAUGUAGUCGAAUUGCCUGUCUGUCAGGUUUUGUUCUUGUAAACCAGCAUAACGCUUGGAUCCUAUGCUAGCGCUUGUUCAUUUCAUUUGCGCUAUAUGUUCAAUUGUAUGAAACAUUUCUCUGCUUUCAUAUAUGUAUUCUGUCUGUCCCAAACUGUACAUGUUUUAAGCCCAGUUUUCAGGAAGCAUGUUCUAAAUUAGAAAUGCUGAAACGCCAAUACAGCUGAAUUUUAAGCUUUUUCUAGAGCUAAAUUGUGUCUUGAUAAAUCGUCUCGCUUUAGAUAAUUAGAUGUUCAUUUUCCUUGCUUAUGCCUCUCAUCAAUGACAGUCUCCUGACGAACUUGUCAAAUUUAUGUGAUCUGAGUGAGUAUGUAUAAUUCCACAGUUAAGUUUAUUCAGUGUUCAGGCAAUCAUAUGAAUCUCAAACAGUAUCACUACAGAAAUUUUAAGUCUAUUUCUUAUGAUGUUGGUCAUAGAGGAAUUCAUGAUUUACUUUUGCCUCCUAGGGAAUGAAGAAAUCACAUUACUGGCUCUAACAUGUCACUAAGAAGUUUUUAUAUUGGUUUUGAGUUAACAUGUGAAAAGCUAACUUCAUUUGUCAAUAAACUAUUUUGUAAAUAUGUAUUAAAUGUGUUAAUUAUGGAAAUUGG